GUCUUACAUCAAAACCCUUGGCGUAAAAGAUUCGCUUCUUAUUACAUUUACAGUUUAUUUUCCUCUUUAACCUUUUACUGUCUUAGAAAUUCCCGAUGGCCCCCAAAGCUGAGAAGAAGCCAGCCGAGAAGAAGCCCGCUGAGGAGAAAAAAUCCACCGUGGCGGAGAAGGCACCGGCCGAGAAGAAGCCUAAAGCCGGGAAGAAGCUCCCGAAGGAAGGUGGUGCCGGCGCUGCCGACAAGAAGAAGAAGCGUACCAAGAAGAGCGUGGAGACCUACAAGAUCUACAUCUUUAAGGUUCUGAAGCAGGUUCACCCGGACAUCGGGAUCUCCAGCAAGGCUAUGGGGAUCAUGAACAGCUUCAUUAAUGAUAUUUUCGAGAAGCUGGCCCAGGAGGCCUCUCGACUCGCCAGGUACAACAAAAAGCCCACCAUCACCUCCCGGGAGAUCCAGACCGCAGUGCGCCUCGUGCUGCCUGGUGAGCUCGCCAAACACGCCGUUUCAGAGGGGACCAAGGCGGUCACCAAGUUUACAAGCUCUUGAAGAUUUGACUGUGACAGCUGCUGAUCUGCUUACGCUUCUCUUUGCCUAGGGUUAGGAAUAGGGUUAGUGGAUGGAUGUUCUUUAGUUUCAGUUUCCUCUGCUUAUUUUGAUUAUGGUUUGUAUGUGUAGUUGGAUCUGCUCGAUUGGAUUUGUGUAUGGUAGAAACUAAAUUUGAAAAGUUUUUAUUUUUGUUUCCGUAUCGGUGAUAUGUCCAAUUCUAUUGCGAAUUUGGUUUCUUGAA